AUGGCUCCUUCAAAGCCACAACAGCCCGACUCAGAAACCUCGUCUGUAGCAGACACUCCAAUGACCGACGGUCCUGACUACAUACGCCCCCAUAGACCGUCCUUUGGUCACCUCAAUCGCCCCGUUGACGAUACCCCCGACUACACCGAUUCCGAUACAAAUCCCAACACCACCGCCUCCAGCGUGGCUGGAGACAUUCCACUGGCCGAUGGUCGCAAGAAGCGCUCGGAAGCAUUCCAGCUCCGGAAAAGCAUUCUGGGAAAGAAACAUGGCCAAUUGGACGAGUCCAAGGAAGACGAUACCCUGCGGAGAUUCAGGUACUUGCUAGGCCUGACUGACCUCUUCCGACACUUCAUUGAUGCGAGUCCGAAUCCCAAGAUCAGAGAAGUUCUGCAACAGAUCGAUCAAGAAAAUGCUGAAGAGGAGGCAAAGGCCAGAAAGGUCGUGUCCCGCAAAGGCGGCGCAGCCGGUGCAGCCAAGCGAAAGACCGAACAGGAGGAGGAUGCUGAACUCCUCAGAGAUGAGAAGCGCGGCACGGCUUCCCAGACUGUCUUCAGAGACUCGCCGGCCUUUAUCAAGGGUGGCGAGAUGCGUGACUAUCAGGUUGCAGGUCUCAAUUGGCUCAUUUCUCUCCACGAGAACGGUAUUAGUGGUAUCCUCGCAGAUGAGAUGGGUCUUGGUAAGACACUGCAGACAAUCUCCUUCCUCGGGUACUUGCGACACAUCUGUGGCAUAAAAGGUCCACAUCUCAUCACAGUCCCCAAGUCCACACUCGACAAUUGGCGUCGAGAAUUCGAGAAAUGGACCCCUGACGUCGAUGUCUUGGUCCUACAGGGCGCAAAAGAAGACCGCCAUGCCUUGAUCAAUGAACGUUUAAUUGAUGAGAAAUUCGAUGUAUGCAUUACAAGUUAUGAGAUGAUCCUUCGAGAAAAGUCUCACCUGAAGAAAUUUGCGUGGGAAUACAUCAUUGUCGACGAAGCCCAUCGAAUUAAAAACGAAGAGUCCUCACUUGCACAGAUCAUCCGAAUGUUUAGCUCGCGAAACAGACUAUUGAUUACCGGCACUCCCCUCCAGAACAAUCUGCACGAACUGUGGGCCCUCCUCAAUUUCUUGCUGCCUGACGUAUUUGGCGAUUCUGAGGCAUUCGAUUCCUGGUUCUCUAGCCAGAAUGAAGACCAAGAUACAGUGGUUCAACAGCUCCAUCGUGUUUUGCGACCGUUCCUGCUUCGGAGAGUGAAGAGCGAUGUUGAGAAGAGCCUGCUGCCGAAGAAAGAGGUGAACCUCUACGUCGGCAUGUCCGAGAUGCAGGUGAAAUGGUACAAAAAGAUUUUGGAGAAGGACAUUGACGCCGUCAACGGUGCAGGAGGCAAGCGAGAAUCAAAGACGAGACUUUUGAACAUUGUCAUGCAACUGCGAAAAUGCUGCAACCAUCCCUAUCUUUUCGAAGGUGCUGAACCGGGUCCUCCCUACACCACGGAUGAGCAUCUCGUCUUCAACUCUGGUAAGAUGAUCAUCCUGGACAAAAUCCUGAAGCGAAUGAAGGAUGAGGGAAGCCGAGUCUUGAUAUUCUCCCAGAUGAGCAGAGUGCUCGACAUUCUCGAAGACUACUGCGUGUUCCGAGGCCAUCAGUACUGUCGUAUUGACGGUGGAACCGCACAUGAGGAUCGAAUUGCCGCCAUCGACGAGUACAACAAACCAGGCUCGGAGAAGUUUGUCUUCCUUCUCACUACCCGAGCUGGCGGGUUGGGCAUCAAUCUGACCUCGGCCAACAUUGUUAUUCUCUACGACAGCGAUUGGAAUCCGCAAGCAGAUUUGCAGGCAAUGGACCGAGCACACCGUAUUGGUCAGACUAAGCAAGUGGUGGUGUUCCGGUUUGUAACGGAAAACGCCAUUGAAGAAAAGGUGCUUGAGAGAGCUGCUCAAAAGUUACGUCUGGACCAGCUUGUCAUUCAGCAAGGGCGUGCGCAGCAGCAAGUCAAGCAGGCUGCCUCAAAGGAUGAGCUGUUGACUAUGAUUCAACAUGGCGCGGAGAAAGUAUUCGAGACAAAGGGCACCACAGGAGAACUUGACGACAUUGACGAGAUUCUGCGACGUGGUGAAGCUCGAACUGCGGAACUGAGCGCCAAAUAUGAGAAACUCGGGAUCGACGACCUCCAGAAGUUUUCCUCUGAGAAUGCCUACGAGUGGAAUGGUGAAGAUUUCACCAACCGCAAAAAAGACAUCAGCUUGCACUGGAUCAAUCCUAGCAAACGUGAACGAAAGGAACAGUCGUACUCGAUGGACAAGUACUACAAGCAGGCUUUGUCGACGGGUGGACGACCGGCUGACACCAAACCCAAGAUUCCACGCGCACCAAAACAGGUCGUCGUGCACGAUUGGCAAUUCUUCCCUCCAGGUCUACAAGAACUCCAGGAAAAGGAGACGGCCUAUUAUCACAAAGAAAUCGGUUUCAAGGUGCCCCUCACCGAUGGUACCGAAGAAGACCUGAGCGACCGGGAGGCUGAUCAGCGGCUAGCUCAGAAUGAGAUAGACAACGCGGAGCCGCUGACCGAGGAAGAGAAACAACUCAAGGCAGAGAUGCAGGAGCAUGGGUUCGGCAACUGGAAUCGGCGUGAUUUCCAACAAUUCAUCAACGGGUCUGCCAAAUUUGGCCGAACGAACUAUGAAGGAAUUGCGACCGAAGUCGACAGCAAGGAACCAGACGAGGUCGAAAAGUACGCCAAAGUCUUCUGGAAGAGAUACACGGAAAUCGCCGAGUUCGACAAGUAUAUCAAGAACAUUGAGGCCGGGGAAGAAAAGCUGCGAAAGACUGAACGGCAACGAAAGAUGCUGCGGAAGAAGAUGGAGAUGUACCGAGUGCCGCUGCAACAGCUGAAGAUCAACUAUACGGUUUCGACGACCAACAAGAAGGUCUAUACAGAGGAAGAAGACCGCUUCCUCCUGGUCAUGCUUGACAAAUACGGUGUGGACGGGGAAGGGUUGUAUGAGAGAAUCCGUGAUGAGAUCCGGGAAUCGCCGCUGUUCCGGUUCGAUUGGUUUUUCCUCAGCAGAACGCCUGUGGAAAUUGGUCGACGUUGUACCACAUUGCUUAAUACCGUCUCCAGAGAGUUUGGAGAAACCGAAGAGAAGCUCACAAAUGGGCACGCUCCUGGGAAAGGACGAGGUCGUGACCGGGACGACGAGGAAGACGAGGAGAAUGACAGUGAAGCUCCUCCUGUCAAGAAGAAGGCGAAGAAUGGUAUUGUGAACAAGCAGGUCAAGGCUGUCAAAUCUGGUCGUGGUAGCAAAGCGACUUCUCCGUCAACCUCUCGAGCACAAAGUGUCUCAUCGACGACGCCAACAGCCACCAAGUCGAAGGGGAAGAAGAAAUAA